GGUCCAUCUUUUGAAGGUGCAGGUCAAGUUCGAAUGUCUUUCUUGUGACUCAACAAAGAGAAGAUUCAAUGUUUCCUUCUCCAGAGAUGAUAACCUUAUAGGACUGUUCUGCAAUAUGUUUUCAUCGAUAUCAAAAGCAGUAGCUCAUGUUUGGAGCAACAGUCUUCCAAAAGAAACAUCAUCAAGUGAAUCUCCCAAUACUAAACCUGAAUCCAGAAAAGGGACCGCUCCCACCUAUCCCUGUUAUGGGAGUAGUUACGAUGGAGAUGUUCAACCACAAUAUGGUCAAGAUGUUGCACCAGGCAAUGCCCAAGCAGAUCAUACCAAGUCUGUUCUGUUCCAGGUCGGAGAUGAAGAGGAUGAUCCAUACAAGAAUGGAGCAGAACAAAGUGAAACCAAAAGCACAAUCAGUGGAAAGAUUACCCAUAUUUACAGUGACUAUGGGCUUAUUGACAACUCGAUCCACUUUAGAUUUGAUUCCGUACUGUAUAACAUGACUCCCAAGGUUGGCUUGAGGGCAGAAGCGACCAUAGAGUCUGGUGGACAUCAAGAUGUAGGUCUCCGAGCUACAGAAGUCAUCAUCUCCAAAGCAGACUGGGAGGAUGACGAGAACGGCGCUGAGGAACCAGAAUGGCACAUCGGCAAGGUGACCAAGACGGAGAGGACCUCUGGAUGGAUGGACGAAACCAUGUUCUACGACCAGGAUGCGUGUCCCUAUGGCUUCAUCCCGCACAGAGGUGACUGGUUGGUUGCAGAAAUGACAAAGAACAUCGAGACUGGAGCCAAGGUUGUAAAGACCGUUCGGCCAUUGAGGGAGAAACGUUUCAAGGGAUUUGUGACUCGAGUGUACCCGGGCUAUGGUUUUAUAGACGGAACAAUCUACUUCUCCAGAAAGGCAUGUGAUCCAAACUAUGUACCAAAGCGUGAUGACGAAGUAGAAGGAAAGGCUAUUGAAUCUGAUCAAAGCAAGGGCAAGUGGAGAGCUGUCACGGUCUCCUUAAAGAAGCAAGAAAGGAUGAUCCAUGGCAAACAGUUCCCUGCAAAUAUAUUUCGAGAUGGAGAAAAGAUGACUAAAGAUAAUAGUAUGGCAGUCACAGUGAGCGGAGAUUUCAACAAUAUGUGCAUUGGUCAGGAAAAAAAUGUCACAGUGUAUGUGAGAAACACAGGUGAAGAAACGCGGAAGCUGAUUAAAUCUGAAGCAGUGUGUCUUUUGAGCGACAUCAUUCUCAGUAUCGAUGGUGUUGCUGAAGAUGCGGUGAGGAAAUCCACCGGAUUGAGCUCCUGCAACCAAUCCAUUGAGGUUACUUCCGGCAGCAAAAUCAGUUUGACUGUAACCAUCACAGCAAGGAGUGUUGGAAAAUCAGCCUGCCAGAUUGUAUUGACCUUUGACUCCUCCUCUAUCAGUCGUCCGAUACCCAUUACUGUCAAGGAAGCCACAAACACCCUUCUGACAUCCGGUCGCCUCAGUGGCAAGGAGAAGUGGAUGAUGGAACAUGCCAUGGUGUCGAGUGGAAGAGGACCGGCAGUGCUCCCCGGUGUGAGACCAGCUAGAACCUCCAAUCCAAAUCUUCCCGUGAAGCUUGGCAUGUAUCCAGUCGGCAAACGGCUCAAAGAGUGUUAUGCAGAAAAGAGGGAUGUCACUGAGAUUUGUCCACAGUUAAAGCAGUCUCUGAGACCUGAUAACUACUUCACAAUUUUCUCAGCACUUCUCCACAUAGAGGAACUGAAGAUGGAAGUAGAUAUGAGAGAAUUUGAUCUGGAACGGGCCAGUAUGAGACCCAGAGGUGAGUUCUUGUCCUUGGAAGUACCUGGUCUUGCUGAAGGUAGACCUUCUGUUCUUGUUGGAGAUAAGGUCAUAUUGACAGAGCCCUACGCAAGCCCAAACGCACCUCGUUUUGAAGGAAUUGUACAUGAGGUGCACAACGAAGACAUCUUCUUAAAAUUUCAUCCUCAUUUCCAGGAAUCGUAUGGAGCAGAGAUAUUCAGUGUUAUGUUCACAUUCUCGAGAACCCCUCUAAGAAGAUGCCACCAAGUUGUUGAGAUGGCAGCACUCAUCCUGGGAAAAGAAGUCCUCUUUCCAACUGAACUGAAAGCCAAGUCCCCACAGGUGGAGGUCUCCUUCUCAACCAUUCAACGUUCAGUCGUGUACCCUGGCCGUCCCAGGACCGUCAUCAAGCUCCCGACUCCCAAGAACAUUCCAAGACCUCUAUCUUCAGAGGGCAGUCCUACCAAAGAACCCUCGCGGUCCCAGAGUCCCAUCAAAAGCAUCAUAGUGAAUGCUUCAGGGUCUACUGAAGCCAUAGCCAGCCAGGAUGUCCGAUUGGUUCGGAAACCCUCAGAGGCUGCCAAAGACUCCGAGAAGCUCACCUUCCUGGUACCCAACGCCCUCUUGGAUGGAGUAGCUACCACGCAGGAUGUGACGGAACGUGGUGAAGGGGACGACAAGGCGGAGUUCUUUAAUAAUAAGCUGAACGCCCGCCAGAGGUCUGCUGUCAUGAGGAUCCUCAAGGGAGAGGGUAGACCUACUCCCUAUAUUCUCUUUGGACCACCUGGUACAGGGAAGACGAUCACUAUUGUUGAAACUAUUCUCCAGAUUCACAAGCACGUACCGUCGAGUCGUAUCCUGGCCUGUACACCAUCCAACAGUGCUGCAGAUCUUUUGGCUGAACGACUCCAUCAGAGUGGUGCUGUCAAGAAAGUUGACAUGGUCCGGCUGAAUUCCUUCCGUCGCUCAGAUAUGAACAUCCCAGAGUGCAUCCACCAGUACUGCAGCAACGGAGAAGAGCUUCGGGCUGUGGGCCAUCAUAGAAUCAUCAUCAGUACCUGCUCUACCGGAGGCCAGUUCUAUUCCCUUGGGCUGAAACCCGGUCACUUUUCCCAUGUCAUCGUAGACGAGGCAGGACAAGCCACGGAACCUGAGACGCUCAUCGGUAUAGGGCAGUCUGCUGGCCUUGAUGGACAGAUUGUCUUGGCUGGUGAUCCGAUGCAGUUGGGACCAGUUUUAGCCAGUUCUCAAGCAGGUGAACUCGGUUUGGAGCAGUCCCUGUUAGAGAGGCUGAUGAAACGAGACUUGUACCAAAGAGACGCUAAAACAUUCAGGGACCACGGCGGAUACAACCCACUCCUGGUAACAAAACUUGUCGACAACUACCGAUCCCACCCUGCAUUGCUGAAGCUUCCAUCGAAGUGUUUCUAUCACGAUGAGCUGAAUGCUUGUGCCAACAUCGAGAUGAGAGAAUUGGCUUGUGGUUGGAACCAGCUCCCCAACAAAAACGGUUUCCCCGUCAUCUUCCACGGUAUACAGGGAGCUGAUUUGAAGGAAGGCAAUAGCCCAUCCUGGUGUAACCCCGCUGAAGCCGUUCAAGCCGUGACAUAUCUUCAAGAUCUUUUGAGCUGCUCUGAAUGUCACUUUAGGGAAAGUGACAUAGGAAUAAUCACACCGUAUAGAAAACAGGUUGACAAAUUGAACCUUCUCCUUGAUAGUGUAGAUAUCUUGGAUACCAAAGUUGGAUCAGUUGAAGAGUUUCAGGGUCAAGAAAGACUGGUCAUCAUCAUAUCAACGGUGAGGUCAAGUGCCAGUCUGAUGAACUUUGACAUCCGGCAUCAGCUUGGUUUCCUUAGCAACCCAAAACGUUUCAACGUUGCCAUUACACGACCCCAAGCCCUGCUCAUUGUCGUGGGGAAUCCCCAUCUUCUUGUCAAUGACUAUCACUGGCGGGCACUGCUGAAAUACUGUAUGAAGAAUGGUGCCUAUGUGGGAUGUGAGCCGCCAACGGAGGAAACCAUAAAGAGCUUUGAUGACCCUCAGGCAGAGGAGAAAGAAGAGAGUGAGAGGGAGAACAAGGGACUUGAAGGAAGCGUCCAAGAUGUUCCAAAGAAAGAGCAUCCAUUUCGCCUGAAAGAAGGUUUUCCAGUUGAACCGCAGGUGCAAGUAACACCGUCCGUUGAGACAAAUCAACAGGCGCCAGUGGAUUCUUUUGAGAGACAGGGUGGCAAAGUGAAACAAGAUGAUGCUUCAAGUCCUGUUGCAAGGAUCUCUCCAGACCAAAAAGCUGAUGAUGGAGGAGUUAUUUUACAUAUGAAUUUGACACCAGAAAGGACAAAUGAUGGUAGACCUGAAGCAAUGAAUUCUUCAGAUACAGUCGGUGUUGUUCCAGUUUGCAGUACUCCUGUUUUGAAAGCAGAGCAUGGAGAAAAGGCAGAAGUGAAAGUCGGCAAGGAGAAGGAAGGGACAGAGAUCUGGGACGUCUAUGACAGUGAUGAUCCAGAGGUGAUGUCCUCCAAGCCUUGGUGUCCAAUAGAAGAGGACUGUCCGAACCUCGAUGGCUUCACAGCUCCAAGUAGAGGCUGGUAUGACACCACUGGUGACCCCUUACCUGAUCUUGUCAUGGAUAGUGACAGUUCUUCAGGAAAUGCCAAAAGAUUGCAGGAGAUUUAUCCAAGCAACACGAUUAAUCCAGAGAAAAGUGAUGUUCCAGGUGUUGUCCCCUGUAUGCCACUCGAAGGGUUGUGUUAUGAUAGAGACAAGAGAAGGGAUGGCAGAACAAGUAGUGCAGAAGAACAUUCUGCAAGGACUGACAGCAGCACGCACAUACUAGAUCAGUCCUCUGAUGGAGUGUCUCCAGGGGAGAGAAAGGAGUUGGUGUUGCAGAAGAGAACACAGCCAGAUGAACAGGUUCCUGACAAGACUGCCACUGCAUCUUCCAUCUUUGGAGGAGCAAAGCCAGUAGAUACAGCUUUUAGGGAGAGGGACAAUGUGGUGUCGCAGAAGAGAACACAGCGGGUUGAACAGGUUCCAGACAAGACUGCCACUACAUCUUCAAUCUUUGGAGGUGCAAAGCCAGUAGAUGCAGCUUUUAUGGAGAGGGACAAGGCAGAAGAGAUGAAGAGUGGAACAAAACAUCUCAGACUUGAGCAGAGUGGUGUCCAUGCUCGGCAAUACAGUGAUAGAUCUAAUGGUAGAGAAAGAGGAAAUAGUCACAGCAGCUCUGGCUCUGACAGGGAAUGGUCAAGGCCAAGAACAUGGAAAAGGGAUAGUGAAAGAUCAAAACAGGAAGAAGUGUUUUAUCAAGAUAAGCGAUCAUCAGUCUCACCUCAUCAAACAUCAGGUGGCAUUAAACUUCAACGUGAUGUGAAAUCUAUUCAAUCUCAACGAGCGUGGAAUUCCAAGAGAGACAAGUCUUCAGAUAGCUGGUCUGAUGGUGGAUGGAAUACAUCAGAAAAUGAAUGGGAUACGAAGGCUACAGACCAUGCAGCUAGGAAAAGUAGCAGCUUUCAGAGCUCUUCAAGACAAUACAAAAAUUUGACAAGUGAUCAGCAAGGUAUUGAAUCAAAAUGGUUAGAGCCACAAAAAUCUCAUCCCAGAGCUUGUGAAUCUUCCUCAUGGAGAAAGGACAGUGCAAGAUCGAACAGUCAAGAAGAGCUACGUAAAGGUUAUCAAGCAUCAGUUUCACCACAUCAGACAUCAGGUAGCAUUAAACAGCAGCGUGAUGUCAAGGCCAUUCAGUCUCAGAGAGCAUGGAAUUCCAAAAGGGACAAGUCUUCAGAAAGUUGGUCAGAUGGUGGGUGGAGUACAUCUGAAAAUGAAUGGGAUUUUAAGGCAAUUGACCCUGCACCAAAGAAAGGAAGCAGCCCCCAGAAAUCUCCAAGUCCUAUAAACCAAGGUGGUCAAAGAUGGUCCAAGAGGCAAAAGACAAGUACAUCUAGUCCCAUGGACAAGGUACCAUCAGGUGUGAGAGAUCAGGGUAAUUCUGUUUCUGGACAAUCUUCUGUAAGUAACAAGAACAGUGAUUCUGAUGAAGAAACUGGCGAAGACUUCACUGCGUCCUCCUGGGCAUCAGGACACCAAGAGAGAAAUCCAGAAAAAAGAAAGCUUUCUGUGAAUUCGGAAAUGAAACCAAAGGAUAAAGUUUAUGCAAUUCCUGUUUCUGUCCACUCCUCAUCAAAUGAUUCCCAUGAGAGUUGCACAAGAACUACUAGCAUAGAAGAUUUGGGAAGUUCGCGAGUCCAGUCUCCUCAGUGUUUAACUUCAUCAGAUAAUGUCAAAGGUACAAAAGACUUUGUUAGAUAUGUGAGUAGAGGAAGAGGACUUGUCUCAAGUGCUUCCGCUUCCAACGAGCCCAGCGUUGGUAAGAGAGAAAGCGAUACAACGUCCCCUCAGAGAGUGGCCCAACAAACCAAAUGGAGUUCUCCAGCAAAUCCUGAUUCAGGGUUUCCAUAUUCCCGGAGGGAGCAGAAUUUGUACCCAUCUCCUGGAUAUGGUCGAGGGUUCUUUAAACCUAGACAGAUGACGGAACACCACUCCUCUGGGUAUAGAGGGGAUUUUAGAGGAAAUGGAAGGGGGUUCAGCAGGGGGUGGGGUCGAGGGAGAGGAAGGGGUCGAGGUAGAGGACUAUUAGCCACCAACUUUAACUUUGAACAGUGAUGAUAUUCAGGAAAUGAGAGGGGUGAUCCAAGUAUCGUAUGCUGUCUAGAUUGAAAUAUUUCACUGGUAGACCUCCUGGAAAAGAGAAGGAAAUCACGCUGAUAUUUGAUAGACAAUAGACAAGGUAAUUGGAGGGAGAAUUGUUGUCUUUUAUGAUGUAUGUGUAUGAAUAUACUAGUCAAGUCAUGACUAGUAUGUAUCAAGAAGAAAAAACUCUCUUGAGAAGGAGUUGUCUUGUCCAGUUCAGUUUAGCAAUAUUUUUUGUAUGCAUGUUAAAUGUCUUUCGUAUAAACUCCACCAGAUACAAAGUUUGGUAGUGCAUGUAACAACUCUGAAAAGCAGCUUAGUUCAUAUCACUGUGUGAGAACUGUUUAGUUUUGUGGUCAUACACUUAUGAUGUUCACAUUUUUAGUUUUAAAAUUAUGUUGUUGUUUUCGGUGUUACCUCCAUCAUGUAAAUAUGGAGACACGAUGUGAAUGAUGCAGUAUAUUACCUUUAAUAAUGAUGUUUCGUUUUAUUGGACAAUUCUUACUCUUGUAUGGACUGCAAGAGCAAAUUCAUGCUUACAUUAUUCCAUAUUCUUCACCUUGAAUGUUGUAUUAAUUGAUCUUGCCUACAAUAAGUGAAUAUUAGAUAAAUGACUUGUUACGUGCCAUAUACCAGUGAGUUUGUUUGACAAUGAUUACUCAAUGACAUAGUCGACAAAUCUACUUAUGAACAAUGUUAUUUCUUCAAUCAUUUUCCUUUGUCCUGUUCAAAAUGAGCACCUGAUUUGAAAUGUUUAUUUCGAAAUGAUUAUUUUGGGAGCAUUUAACAAAAUGUCUCCAUGAUUAUCACUCACAAUUUUUCUCUUAGCCAAUCAGAUUAACGACUUUAUUAGCUCUCGGAGCAUUUCCCAUCCUAUAUUGGGCUCUCAUCUAGGCUCAUCCAUUAGGUAGCUUUUCAAAUUUAUGAUGUAACUUACAAUAUGGUGAGAUGCCAAUUUUUUUUUUUGCAGUCUAUCAGGUUUCAUGAAAAACAUCUUUCCCCUAUAAUAUUAUACAGAUGUCUAUUGCAGAAUCAUUCUAAAUGUUUUGCUCCCCCUUUUUACAUUAGUCAAAACACUGCCAUUCAUUUGACAAGGUGACUAUCCCUGUAUACAUUAUAAAUGACAAGAAUCCUCUUAGCUUGUGAUAUACGUCUCAACAUCUUAUGUAGAUUUUGUGAUGAUGCGUCAUGGAAUGUUUUCAGGUCCAAUGGAAAUGGCAUUAUGCUAAUUAUGAAAUUCACAUUCUUGCCCAUUCUUUAAGAUUAAUGUACCUUACCUUUAAUGUAUUACUUUAACAUGUGUUUUCAAACUUAGUUUGAUUAUUGCUAAUUUAUGCCAAGCCUAUCACUUGUACUGUAUUAAUAGACAACUAUGGUUUGAUAAAUUCCUAUAACCCUAGUACCUAAGUGCCAAUUGUGGAUAAUAAUUUUUAGAAUUCUCCCCUCUUAUAGUCCAGGAUAGAAGAGGCAUAACCUUGUUUUUUUAUAUAUCAAUAUUUUUUGAUGGUUUCUUGUCAAUUCGAGGGUGCUGAUUACAAAUCUGGAUGAUGCCACUCGUGUAACCUUGAGCAUUUUCCGCAAAUUGGCAAAAUCCAAUAUGGCCGCCAAAAUAUGCAAAUUACCCAUGAAAAUCAUAAAAUUGUCCACACAUUGGCUAUGAAAUGCAUGAAAUUGUGGGGCAGGAGUGAAAUACUCUCUGAAAAAAUAAUUUUUGACAAAAUAUUUAUUUUCCUGAUAUUCAAAAUGGCCGCCAAAGGCCCUUGUAUACUCUAUUAUGUACAAUAUGAAUAGGGAAAACUAAUUUUCACAUAAAUGAGCACUAAAGUGCAAAAAAUCGCAAUGUAUGAACGAAGUAAUAUAUGCAAAUCAUCAUUACUAACGAGAUAUAUCAUUUAUUAUGUCAUAUAUGGGAACAUUUCUGUAUUUUGAUAUCUAAAAUAGCCGCCACUGGCCCAAACAGUAUUGCGUAUAUGGCAAUGGGGGCCAAAAAAUUCACAAGAGUGAUCACUAAAAUGCAUAUUAGUAAGAUUAAACGAGUGGAAUACUGACUAAAAACAUAAUUGUUAACGAAAUAUAUUAUUAAUAUGCCAUGUAUGUGAUGAAUGUUUUAUUUUGAUAUUCAAAAUAGCUGCCAAAGGCCCUAAACGUAUUAUGCACAAUGAGAAAGAGGAGCAAAGAAAUCACAAGAGAGAGCACUAAAAUGCAUAUAUAUGUGAUAAAUUAAUGGGAUACUGUCUAAAACAUAUUUUCUAACGAAAUAUAUCAUUC